AUGUCUUCAAGUUUGACUGUUACGGGCAUUUACGGCCGCCAAAUUACAAUUCCGGCGGGACUCUUUAUCCACAAUGAAUUCGUCCCCUCAUCGACCGGCCAGACGCUAGGUGUGGAAAAUCCCUCGACUGGCACACAACUUGGAAGAAUCUCCGCCGCAGGCCCGGAUGAUAUCAACAAAGCUGUUGAGUCCGCCAAGUCAGCCUUCAAAACAUGGAGAAACGUUCCAGGACCUGUCAAAUCCCAGCUGUUGCUCAAACUUGCAGAUCUGCUCGAACGCGAUGCGGAAGAGCUAGCAUCGCUGGAGGCCAUCGAUGCCGGCGUGCUGUAUACCGAUUCCAUUGGAAUGAACAUCCCUCAGGCCGUCGGCUGCUUGCGAUACUAUGCAGGCUGGGCGGGAAAAAUUGAUGGCAAGACACUUGAUAUGGAUGGCGGAAUUGCCUAUACUCAUCGUGAGCCUUUGGGUGUUUGUGGCGCGAUCGUGCCUUGGAAUGCUCCACUCAUGAUUACAAUUUGGAAGCUGGCCCCUGCUCUGGUCACUGGUAAUGUUUUGAUCAUCAAGCCUUCCGAGCUAUCCCCACUAUACGCCCAGAAGCUUGCCGAGCUGGUGAAAGAGGCAGGCAUUCCUCCUGGAGUUGUGAAUAUCGUUGCUGGAGAGGGUGCCAGCGCGGGUCAAGCUCUGUCGGAACAUAUGGAUGUACGCAAGAUCGCAUUCACCGGUAGUGAUCUUUCCGGCCGCAAGAUUUUACAAGCAGCAUCCCGGACCAACCUCAAGAAGGUCAGUCUUGAACUCGGCGGCAAAGGGCCAUCGAUUGUCUUUGACGACUGCGAUAUUGAGAACGCUCUUCUCUGGACUCGCAUUGGAAUCACAGCCAACAAUGGGCAAAUCUGUGCGGCUGGGUCCCGCAUCUACGUCCAGGCCUCUAUUUACGAUCGAUUUAUCGAGGCUUACAAAAAGGCUGCCAUGGACGCUCCGACAGUCGCCGGUGAUCCUUUAGAUGCGUCUACUACAAAGGGGCCGGUGGUUAGUCGUGUGCAGCAUGAGAAAAUUCUCGACUUCAUCCGUCAAGGAAAGGAAUGUGGAGCUAAGCUUCUAUUCGGUGGUGAGCGGAUCGGUAAUACGGGAUACUUUGUCGAAAAUACUGCUUUCGCGGACGUUGGUGAUGAUGCAACAAUCAUGCGAGAGGAGAUCUUCGGUCCUGUUGCUAGUAUUUCCAAGUUUACCACGGAGGAAGAAGCCAUCUUCAAAGCCAAUAACUCCCAUCACGGCCUCAGUGCGGCCAUCUUUACCAGCAAUCUGAACCGUGCCCAUCGCGUGACCAAGGAACUCGAGUCGGGCCAAGUGACGGUCAAUGCGUGGGCGAUGCUUGCUCCCAAUGUUCCAUUCGGGGGAGUGAAGCAAAGUGGCUUUGGUCGAGACAUGGGUGAGGAUGCUCUUGAGGGCUGGACUACUGUGAAGGCCGUCAAAUAUCACAUUGCUUCACACCUCUGA